AGCCGCCACCCCUUCUCCACGUACGCCGGGCCACUCCCUUGCUGCGGAGCCCCGCGGAGGGUGAUGCUCAGGAUCCCAGUUCUCCCCCGAGCUGCGCAUUUCCGCGUGCCAAGGCGGCUCCAGAUCCGGCCGGCCCUCGCGGCAGGAGCCCGCGUUCCGCGUCCACGAGAAGUUGUCUCCGGAGCCGCUGCGCCUCGGUCUCCUCCCCCUGAGCCCCGCCCCCCCGGCCCAGAGCUGGGAUCUGCGAGCUGCCCGGGCCCGGGGGCGUCGCCGCUUGCUCUUCGAAACCAACGAGUCGCUGCUUCCUAGCGCUGAGCGCGCGUUCCCCGCUUGGCUGGGGACCCCCGCGCACCCCCGAGACGGCGCGCGCCCAGAGCGCGGGAGCCCGGAGCACCGGGCGCCUGGGACCCCGGGGAGCCACUGCCCAGCCCGCGGGGCUCGGCAGGGAUGCAGGCUGCUCUGUGAGCCCGGGCGCCAAAGCGAUGUCCGGGUCCCGCUGCCGGACCCUGUACCCCUUCUCUGGGGAGCGGCACGGCCAGGGGCUGCACUUUGCUGCUGGCGAGCUGAUCACCCUGCUGCAGGUUCCGGACGGCGGCUGGUGGGAAGGCGAGAAGGAGGACGGGCUCCGCGGCUGGUUCCCAGCGAGCUACGUUCAGUUGCUGGAGAAGCCUGGAAUGGUCCCCCCUCCGCCCGGAGAGGAAAGCCAGACCGUCGUCCUUCCGCCGGGCUGGCAAAGCUACUUGUCUCCUCAGGGCCGGCGUUACUAUGUCAACACAACCACCAAUGAGACCACCUGGGAACGCCCCAGCAGUUCUCCGGGGAUCCCAGCCAGCCCUGGCACUCAUAGGAGCUCUCUGCCUCCAACAGUGAAUGGAUACCACGCGUCAGGGACCCCAGCGCACCCUCCCGAGACUGCCCACAUGAGUGUCCGCAAAUCCACCGUCGAUUCCCAGAAUCUGGGAUCCUCAUCACCAGGCAGAAAGCACAGCAAGGAGAACACCCUCACGAUAAACUGUGUGACCUUCCCUCACCCAGACACGAUGCCGGAGCAGCAGCUGCUGAAACCAACAGAGUGGAGUUAUUGUGACUAUUUCUGGGCCGAUAAGAAGGACCCCCAAGGCAACGGCACCGUGGCUGGGUUUGAACUGCUGCUGCAGAAGCAACUGAAGGGCAAACAGAUGCAGAAGGAAAUGUCGGAAUUCAUUCGGGAAAGGAUAAAGAUUGAAGAAGAAUACGCAAAGAACUUAGCUAAGCUCUCCCAGAGCUCCUUGGCCGCACAGGAGGAAGGCUCCCUGGGAGAAGCGUGGGCGCAGGUGAAGAAGAGCCUCGCAGACGAGGCGGAAGUUCACCUCAAGUUCUCUGCCAAGCUCCACAGUGAGGUAGAGAAGCCCCUAAUGAACUUCCGUGAGAACUUCAAGAAAGACAUGAAAAAGUGUGACCACCACAUUGCUGAUCUCCGCAAGCAGCUUGCUAGCCGCUUCGCUGCCGUGGAGAAGGCCCGGAAGGCCCUCACAGAGCGGCAGAGAGACCUGGAGAUGAAGACCCAGCAGCUGGAGAUCAAACUGAGCAACAAGACGGAGGAGGACAUCAAGAAGGCGCGAAGGAAGUCCACGCAGGCUGGGGAUGACCUCAUGCGCUGUGUGGACCUCUACAACCAGGCCCAGUCCAAGUGGUUUGAAGAGAUGGUGACCACCACGCUGGAGCUGGAGCGGCUGGAGGUGGAGAGGGUGGAGAUGAUCCGGCAACACCUGUGCCAGUACACACAGCUGCGGCACGAGACAGACAUGUUCAACCAAAGUACAGUCGAGCCUGUGGACCAACUGCUUCGAAAAGUGGACCCAGCCAAAGACAGGGAGCUGUGGGUCAGAGAGCACAAGACGGGCAACAUCCGCCCCGUGGACAUGGAGAUAUAGAUGGGCUCAUGAGGCCCCGGGGGGCCUGCCAAGGAGCAGGGCUGGGGGUCCCAUGAAGAGGAGGUGGUGGUUCCCACCACAGGGCCUGCUGCCAACUGGAACUGCCCUCCCACCCGCUCUCCUGGUCCACUGAGGAGAGGGAGGGGUGCAGGCUGCAGCUCAUACUUCCAGAAGCACAGCCCAGAUGGCCCCACUGGGAGGUCCCUAGUGUUUCCAGGCCAAGAAGAUGGAUCCACAGCUCUGCUCUUGUCUCUGAGGCUGAAGAUCCCCACCUCCUGUGCUGUGCUUCCCGCUUCAAGAACAAACUGAGGCUGGAACUUUAUGGUCCCUGCUGAGUACUGUAGGGGUCAUCUCCUUAUGCAGAGCCAACUGUGUCAUAUACUCAGCCUCUGGAAGCCCCAAAGUCCUUCCUCCAGCUGGUUCUCUUGUCUCUGAGGCUUUGGAGGGUCAGGGGAAGGAUGUCUCUGUCUCCAAGCCAAGUGUCAGGGUAACAGUUGUGCAUCAAAGGCACCAUUUAGCUGAACAGCCAUCCCUCAGCAUCCUUUGCAGCCCUCCCCUGUUAUUUUCCCCCUUGUAUUCUGGGAGCCCACGACCUGGCUCUUCUUUGUCACCUUUCAUGAUCAAGAGUCUUGGGAAGAAGACCUGGCUCCUGUCUUCCCAGACCAACCCUGCGUGGAGAGGUCAGGAUGGAACUACCUCAUUCAGCAAAUUAGCCCUCAGUCAGAGUGUCAAAUAGUGUUUCCUAGUAGAUCAGCAUCCUCAGUAAAAUCUCCUCUCUAAAAAUCCCAAUCCACCCAACCUUCAGAUGCUGCCUCCUUGCACCUCCCCCUUUCCAGUCUCUUAAAGGGGCUGGGUCAGUCCUACAUAGGAGACAGAUUGGGGCAAGUCUUUGUCAUCCCCAGAUGGCUCCACCUGCUUGUGCAUGCUGGCAUCGGGAUCACUGUCCCUUAUAUGGCUUUCUCUCAUUGGUGGUCACUGUACAGGCAUUGAAGACUCACGUAGCCACAGUAAGUUGUCACCUGCUGUGCCAGUAUCCUGCCACCUUGGCCUCUCAGCACCUUGUGCACAUUCCAGAGCCCUGCACCAAGCACCUGCUUGGUGCUGGUAUAGCCUUCCCCUUUUCUUCAUCUCCCAGUGUCUGGAAAAACCUGGUCUAAGUGUGACCUAGGAAUCUUUCAGGGCUGCCAUUGGGUCCUUGCACAUCCCUUUCUCCUUUUCCUGACCACAGCAAACAUGUUAAGUCACAUGAAGUCUUGAGAAUCAGUUCAAAAGGUCCAGAAGAAGAAAAGGGACCUGAAGGAGAUCAUGCAGCUGGCAAGGUGCAGAUCCUAGCCUGGAACCCACGCCCUGAGACCCAGCCCAUCUUUCUAACUUAAUCUUCCCACUGAUGACAGGAUUAUCGGAUUCAUGAGACCCAUGUUUCCCAGGAGCACAGAAUUCUAAGAGCACAAUUCACUGGCUUUCAGUCUUGCCAGUGACUAGUGACAUAUUAAUCUUGGAUCUUUUGGUACCUCUUACACUGAGUCAGAAUUGCUCUCUCAUAGGUUACAGUAGAAAGAUGCCGAAUUUACUACAGCAGACCAAACUUUGUCAUGUUUCCUACUGAAGCAUCGCAGUCAAAAAGGUCAGCUUGAAGGCCUUCACCAACAUGAAUCUGUCCAUGGCACGGAGAAACACUGCUUUUGGAUCUGGGAUUGAGCCCGCCAUGACACCAGCCACCAGUUUCAGGGUGUUAUUUUUUGGUUUCUUUAUUAAAAACAGGUGCUAGUAAUAAUUGCUUUAUGGCUUAGUAAACUAAUUUAUGGGUGAUUUUCAAAUAUUCAAAGCCAAUAGGCUUGUUAUGAACAGAUAUUUUGAGUAGAUAUGCUCAUGAAUUUUGUCUUCUCAUUUCUAUCUGAGGGUUCCAGAGUCUUCUGUUCCUCACUGCAACAGAGGUGCUCUUGCCUCUUCCGGGGUGGCCCAAGCUGGUCCAAGGUGGGCAAGUCUAGUUUCUGAAGUCACUCAUUUCUCCCCCACCAUCUUACCUCAGUCUCGUUAGCUUCCUCACAUGCUCCCUUUCUGUUUCUCUUCCCUCCUUUAUUCAUCGAGCACUUAGCUAAAGCCAGGCAAUGUGCUAAGAUCUGAGGACAAGAUACGGGUUUGUCAUGAGGGAAGCCCAUGAUCUGAUGUUUUGUGUAGACUUCUCUUUUCUCCAGGGUUCUCGCAGGUCAGUAACCUUGGCAUUCACAUACAGGUACAGGUGGGCUUUCAGAGACACUGUCUGUUGUGCUGAUAGAUUUGCAUUCAUGCAUUCAUCCAUUUAUUGAGCAGAUACUUGGGAUAAGCCGGGCACUGUGUGGGAUUUUAGAAGUAUAGCUGCAUACAAGACAGACACUGUCCUCUGUCUCCUCUAUUCACCAUGUAGACAGGAGGAUACUUGAACAUUUCUGGAGAAUGAGAACAUUUAACCUUCCACAUUUAACCCCCUGGCAGCCUGCAGUUCCAGCACACACUACCGCCAUGUGGCAUUUACGCACUGGGUGGAAGGUAGGCAGCAACAAGGGUCCAGUCACCUGGUCGCUAGACUUUCACAGCCCAUGUCCAACUUGAAUUUCUGAGGUUUCUUUUGUUUUAAAUAACACUCCUCACUUUACCAAGAGGGGGAAGCCCAAGCAUGACCAGUGAGUGCAGAGAAAUUAGCAAGAGUGAAUUAAGAGCAGAACUAGAGCCCAUAGUCCAAGCCCCUAUAUUGUUAACAGGGCUCUUCCCCUGCCCGCUGCUGGGUGAAGUCAAGAUCAGGGCGAAGUCUACAGUACCUGAAAGUGCACCUCAGGGUAGCAGCCAUUCUAUUCAGGUGGUUCUGUUUUUGUUUAUGUUUUGGCAUUUAGGUUAUAAGAGGAUUUGGCUGGGAUUAUUCAGAACGGGUGACGAGUCUAGGUUAUUCUUGAGCACAUCUAUUGUUCCAUUUCUGAGAACAAGUGGGCCCCUUCUGCCUGUUCUACUUAGUUUUGUCUGGGAAAACCUAGCUUAAAAAAAUAAGCAUCUCCAAGACAAAUGGUGUUCUGAGUGAGCUGGUUGCCAUGACAACCUCCAGGAAAAGCCACUUGUUCCUCUCCAUUUUAUUUCCAGUGUGUUUGAGCAGUAUCACAGAAGGAUAGCUGUCCUGAGGUUCUGCAGCAGGCAGACUCUGCUGCCCCUCGGGGCUGACGGAUGCCUGGAGCAGACAGAAACUUCGAGUUCACGAACCAGGUGUUUGUUUCUAUUCCCUUUGUGGAAAUCAAUCAACUACUGGAUUAGUGGAUGGUGCAUAAAAGUCUUAGCUGAGCCAAAGUCCCUUCUUGAAAAUACAAGCCAUAAAUUCAAAGGAUGUCAAAGACUUCAGCUUGUUUAAGUGAUUUUACUUCCAGCUGUGAGUGGCCUUGACAUGGAGAGUUUGCACAGGGUUCUGCAGACCUGCUGGCAGUUAUGUAGGUAUGGGAGGCGCUUCACAAAUGUUCAGUGGGGUACGGACCAGCAGCACGCUUACUUGGCCAGCACACCAUCUUCUUCCCGUGAUCCUUCCCACCCCUCUAAGACAUGCUGCCUUUUCUUUUUCUAAGUUUAUUAAGGUAUUUGGCAUAUAGUAUUGGGGUUUAUUGACAUACAGUAAAAUUCACCCUUUUGAAGUAUACAGUUCUGUGAAUUUUGACAAAUGUGUAUAGCCCUGUAAACACCACCAAAAUUAACAUAUUUCCAUCACUCCAAGAUUCCCCCUGACCCCUGUAGUCAAUCCACUCCUCCCACCCCCAGCCCUUGGCAACCACUGAUUGGUUUUCUGACCUUAUAGUUUUGCCUUUUCUAGGAUGUUGUGUAAAAGGAGCCAGACAAUGUAGUCUUUGAGGCUGGUUCCUUUCUCUCAGUCUCGGCUUAGUAUUGUGAGCCACCCAUGCUGUGUGCCUAUCCUUGCUCCCCUCACGUCACCUAGUGGUGUUCCAUUGCAUGGCGUACCCCAUGGCUUCCUCACUUCUACAAUGCAUUGUUUGCCCAGAUGUUCCUCUUCAGGGGUCUACAGCUUGUCUGCAUGGUUGCUCCACACCACUGCUUCCUACACCUCCCAGGACUCCUCCAAAUGCCAACUGUGCCCACAGGUAGUUCUUGCAGCUCACACUUGGUUUUUGGUUCAUGUCAGGAUCUGACAGUGCAGAAAGCUGCCAGGGAUUGUGGGGGAGGGCCAGGCUGGGUCUCCAUUGCCUCCCACUUCUUCUGUGUCCUGGAGCUUACCUCUAGGAUAGCAGAUUCACCCUCUCCCGGGGCCCCUCAUGUCGGCACACACAGUCCUUGACUAUUGAGUGUAAGAGGAUGUGGAAGGCAAAUGGAUGAGAAGGCAGGGGGCUGGCUGGGGGCUCAUCGAGACCCUCUCCUGGAUUUCUUUGCUUCAUCUGCAGACUGAGGAUAUUCUAGAAGUUCUCUCAGGCCUCCUGCAGUCACUGCAUUCUAUCUUUCCCCCUUCUCAUUUCCAGUGUUUUACCCUGUACAUGUGGUGAUUCCUCAUCUGGGUCUCUUAAGCACAGUGGUGCAUGGCGUUACCUAAACUCCUCAUGAGAGGGACAUGCUGGCAUUUCUCUUGUUAGACACAAAUGCAGCUAAAAUUAAGAGUCUUGAGAGCUGUCAAGAAUGAGGUAAUUCCUCCUUAGGACCUCCAAGGUGACAACAACUCUGAGCCAUAUCUUGGUCAUGCCCUGCUCAGUGACAAGUGAGCCCUGGACAGCCACCAGGAACCUCUCCAAGCAAACUGAAAACACCUGGGUCCAGGCUGAGGCGGGAGCGCAGGCCCACAGGCUUCCAUGGUGGGGAGCCACAGAUCUGUGCUGCUGGGCAUUCUGGGAAAAUUUUGCCAUGGACUCUCAUCAUUACUCUUCCCCAGGAAUAUUAUCCCAGUCAGGCCCCUCUCGAAGAGGAGGGACUCAACUCCUGUUGCAGCAGGUUUGGGUGAAAAUAGACAUAUGACAAAAAAGCAAGCUUCCAUUUUCUCUAACCCUCUAGAUGCUGGGGCCAGGCUCUUUGGGGAGCCUUUGUUGGGAGGUGCCUCUGAAGGACAGGGGUUGUGACUGCCUUUGGUCUCUCUGUGCGUGGUUGAGGGGACGUGGACCCUUUGUGUUUCCAGGGAAGUUCCUAAUGGGACUGCAAUGGAGGAAUGCAACGGUCUGGCACGUGGGUGCUCUAAUGGACAGUGUGACACUGGGACAGAGGUCCCAGGGGCAAGAGCACUGGACUGGGUCCGCUCUGCUCUCUCCUUAGUCCUGUAACCUGAGUUGUCACCUCCCCUCCCGGACCUUGGUGGACUCAUCUGUCAACUGAGACACUCCCCUUCCAGCGUUGUACACAGCAGACUGGCUCUUGGGAGCCAUGGCCUCAGGGCAGCCUUGUGGACCCAGGGACAGAUAUUCAAAGGGACCCCGGCCACCCUUGGUGAUGGGCCUUCAGUCUGCAUCUCUGCCCUCCCUUAGGAUGGGGAUUGAGGGCGGGGGGUGGGGCACAGUAGUUCUUCACGGACAUGAGCACAUCAGCAAACCCUACGAAAGUGGAAUUUUCUAACAGAAUAAACUUGCUUGUUUGGUCUGUUUUCUGUAACUUUUGCUAAAUACUUUAUACAUUUUUAAUGUUACAAAGCUGUGUCUCCUGCCAGCAUUCCUCCUCCCGGUAUGAAUGUGUUUACUCCACACUGUAUAUCCUCCUCCCUCUGACGCCUAGACCAGUAAAUAAAAUGGAUGUAAUAUAAUUUAUAAGUGACACUGUUGAAACUCUGAUCCCUCUGGGGGCUGUCACCAGCUCUCCUCAACUCCUGUAAUAGCAUUUGUGUGUAUUAAUGCUGAAUUAAAUGUUUAAAGCAUUUAAAUUUU